AUGGCUGUCGCUUUCAAGAAUGAGAAGGCCCUCACCGAUAACUCGGAGCACCGCAUCCGUUUGACUCUGACCUGCCAAAGCGUCAAGCCGCUUGAGAAGGUCUGCGCUCAACUCAUCGACGGAGCCAAGAACGAGCACCUCAUCGUCAAGGGCCCAAUCCGCAUGCCCACCAAGGUUCUCCGCAUCACCACCCGCAAGACCCCAUGUGGAGAGGGAUCCAAGACCUGGGAUCGCUUCCAGAUGCGCAUCCACAAGCGCCUCAUCAACCUCCACGCUCCAGCUGAGGUUCUCCGCCAGAUCACUUCGAUCUCCAUCGAGCCAGGAGUCGAUAUUGAGGUCACCAGAGCCGACUAA